GAGGAUCAACAGACACUCUCUCCAUGUCAGAGAUAGAGGCGAAAGCCUUUGUACCAAGGAAAAGAAAACAACUAGAAACUGAGAAAGAAAAUCCUGAUAUUAAAAAAAAGAAAACACAUGAUACAAACCUACAAAACAGAAAUGAAAAUGAACUCAAUAGCAUUAUAAACCCAAAGCAAACCACAAAAAUUACUAAAAAUCUCCAAACUAUUUUCAACAAAAUUAGCAAUAGCUGCUGGCAAAAAAUAAUGAAAGAAAUAUACGUACAAGGAGACGUGCUUCCUUCAAAAAAUGAUAUAGAAAGUAUAUCUAAAGACGUGAAUACUACAAUAGAAAUUGCUAGAAGAUCCAAUAAUCUAGAAUCAGGUGACGGAAGUCCACAUGACACACAGGAUCAACAAACCUUAAUGGUAAACAUUAAUACAGAUAAUACUCCUACUUCUAAUCAUAAAGAAACCUCAACUGAGGGAACUCGUUCAGAGAAAAGAGAUAUACAUACAUUUAACAGAAGUGAGGAUAUACCUAUAAAUAAAAUCAUCUCAGCAAUGUAUGCGAAAAUUGGAGACGAAUUUGUAGCUGCUAAACCUCACUUCAUGAAGGGGAAAAGAACUCAUCUUAAAAUAGUAUUUGAGAAUAAAAGUAAGCAAAGAUACUAUGUCAUAGAAGGGAAGAAAGAUUUCAUCUUAGAAAGAAUUAAAGAGGUAUUUGAGGCAAUAGUCACUAAACAGUUAUAUAAAAAUCACAAAGAGAAUAGACAAACUGAAGAAAAGCUACUACCCAAUCACUCUACUUUCAGCAACAAUAACUCAUAUAUAAACAAUAUCGAUAAUAGGAGUAAGACAGAUGAAAUGAUGCAGGAAAAAGAAAUAAAUAGGAAAGAAGAUGAUGUCAUGUUAGUAAAUGAUGAAGAAAGUCUGGAAAAGGUCAAUAUGGUUGAUGAAAAUCAAGCUUCAGAAGAUAGUUUCACAAUAGUAUCAUACAAUAAACAUAAAACCAGGUUAAAAGACUCUCUACAAAAAUACUACUACAAGUCCUACAAUAAGAUAAAACAUAACGGAGGCAGUCCUAUAAACAAACCUAAUUCUAACCAAGAUUAA